AUGAAAAUCUACUUGUUCAUGAGAUAUCUCCACCGCAACGUCUCAGUCCUCUCUCACACCUUUCCCAAGAUGUUAGGCAGCACCUGCAACAAUGAUGCCCAGACAGUAUCUCCCAGUGACCUUUAUAACUCACGGAGCCAGCAGUUUGAUUUACCACUACAACAUGGCGCAGGGGUCCAGUCUGAAGUGAGGGAGAGACCAUCCUCUCCAGAUUACGAACCAUUCGGGCCCAGGAAGGGCAACUUACAAGACUCUCUACUGAACCAACCGGUACAAGCGUCUUUGAGGAUGGUUGCGCGGAAUCUGUCAGCGACUCUGCACCCUGAACCCCAGCAGCACAUGGAGCAGUACCAGCACUCGCAAGCAGCCCUCCCAAGCUCAACUCCAGCGAUGGGAUAA